AUGGACAACACAUCGCAUGACCAUUGUCCCGAUCCACUGACGUCAGGUAAACGUCCACUACACCCAAUUGAAUCCGCCUCGCAUUCCUCAAAGCCCCGGAGGUUCGCUCCUCAGAUCAUUGACACCCAACGCCGCUCCCGGAGGAAUACCGACACGAGCCCCGCUGUGACGCCGACGGAUGAGACUGAUGCCGCCCCCGGCCACCAGGGUCAUCUGCCCAGACAUAUGAGGCCCAGCGCUCUCCCAUUCCCUCCAGCCAAUUCCCCCAUUGUCAGCUCCGAUCACGUCCCGCAACUCCCCGAAUCCAACUUCUCAUCCUCCAACUUAGCCAAGAAACAAGAACGGAGACACUCCUUCCGCGUACCAGACCUGCCAGUCAUCAAGUCCCAAACCGAAAGCGAGGAGUCCAAUGACUCGAGCCUACCCUCCCUGUCCACUUCUCCCUCUGCCGACUCCGACGAAACACAAACAAGCAGGCGGAAAAAGAAAAGGAAGAAAAAGGAAGCAGCUCGACGUGAGAGCCAGCAUGAUCAAUACGCUGGAUACCUGCUGUCUUUAGCCGCCAAAGCCGCAGAGAAGCAAUUGAGGGAACAGGCAAUGGCCGCGUACCCCAACGAAAACCUGCAUGAGCCCGUAGAUCAUUAUGCCAUCGACCGGGACUCUGAAGAAUUGGAUGUCGAAGCUGGAGUCGGUAAUCUUGGUUUGAACGGCGCGGGAGAUGAGGACGGCCGGAACCCUGCAGGCCGCAAACAAAGAGACUCCGCUGCGGGAUGGGAUAUGGCUGAAAUGCGGCAACAUCAAGACAAGCUGGAGCAGCAAAAGAGAGAUCAAUGGGCUACAGAACAACCGGAGUACGGUCGCCGGCGGUCCGUCAAGAAGUCUGUACAUGAUACAGGCAAUGUCCACAAAGGUGGUGAAGUCGCUGGUGCCCCUCCAAAGGAUAUCAUGGGAUGGCAGAAAGACAAUGAGAUGAAGCCAAUGAGGAGUGCUGCAAGUCCCCCUAUGGGCGGCGAGAACCUCAAGUUUCCCAAAUGCCUAUCCCCACAGGUCACCCGCAUGGAUGUUAACCAAUAUCCUGGCAUGAAGAACUACAAAGGACACGAAACGCGCCAACACACUGGUCUAUGGACCCCAGGUGGUGGAUCCAGUCCGCACGAUUCGAUCAAUGGUCUUUGGAUGGGUGUCAACGCAGCCGCCGCACAAGGGAAAAUGGUUGUCCCGCAAGCCCUCAAGAGUGGUCUCCUCACGCCCAGCUUUGAGCGCGGCGACCCCUUCUCAGCAAGCGGAGACUACGGCAGCCAUCAGCUUCCUCCUUCCCCACCUAGCUCUCUGGAAGAUAACAAGAUCGACAGUACCCUCCACCGCGAACUCUCCAUAGAGCAAGAGCUCAAUGACACUUUCGUCACCCAAGUCUACAACUACCUCUCUCUCGGGUACCCAUCCCUCGCGCGAAAGUACGAUGAGGAGCUCAGCAAGAUCACCAAAGUCCCAAUCGAGGAUUUGCGCAAAGACGACGGCAGGGUCAAUGCGAAAGGCUACGUUGGGGCGCCCGAAGGUACAGGAAGUGACGUGAGGGGCGUCAUGGAAGGAAACACAAGGUGUGAAAGGUGGUGCGCGUUGAGAAGAUAUGUGAGGGAGUGGGGCAGACAGCAACCGCAGAUGGGUGUCAUGGAGGAGGCCGAUGGCGGAUGGGGUGCCAGGGCAAGAAGGGGGAGUUGGGCCAUUUGA